AUGUCUCAUUUACAACUUAUCGAAAACAACGCACGAAACUCUUCUAAGUCAACGGUAAAAAGCAGUUGCUUGGAUAUCGUUAUCAAAGUUCCAUUUCCGCCCAAAAUAACUGCUCAAGAACUAGCACAAAAGAAAAUUGGCAAGAAAUCCAAAAACCUUAAUGCAUUUAUCAUAUACCGAAGACAAUACCUCGAACAAAUGCAUCGUUUAGGAUUUAAGCCUAACAUGACACUACUUUCGAAAAAAGCUGGUUCUGCGUGGGAAAAAGAACCGCAAAAAGUUAAAAAAUGGUAUAGCGUAUUAGCUGAAGAAGUUGUCGAAAUUUUGACAGAAAAUCAGAUCAGAUCUCCUGAAUUUAUUGUAAAGGAUUGGAAUAUUUAUAAGGCGAAACCAGAAGUACAAAAAACAAGCAAUCGCUCAAUAGCAACCAAGACAAAACCUGAAAAAAAGGAAACUGAAACGAAUGAAUUUGCUCAACCGCAAAUAACUAUUCACGAACCAGAAUUUAUCUUUGAUUCAUUACUCGAUGAUUCAAUACUAUCAAAUACAUUAGAAGAUAUCCAAAAUGCAUCAUUAACUUUUCCAAAUAUGUUAUCUCCAACUGAUCAAACAACUUAUGAAGAAUUUUUGUUUCCAAUAAACCCCCUUACGCAUAAUAUCACAACAACAACUCCCCAGCAAUAUAUAGAAUCGAACUUGAACGAUUCUACUUCUGAUUUAUUAGACCCUCUUUAUCGUUAUAUGGAUAUGCCCAUCAAUGAUUUGGUCACACUUGCCUUUUUCGAACCUGUUAAUGACGAUACAUGUACCGAAAAUUUUAUGUUUAUUUAA